CACAGAGUGAUUUACCUCUCAAAGCCGAACUCCUUCAGCACACAGGGUACAGAGAAGGCCUUCAUUGCAGAGCAAAUGGAGACUAACAGCAGAGAAACACUGAAGGCAGACUUUGAUGCUUUUGAUAUUUCUGAGAAGCUUGGAUUUCUCCUUGAAGAGCCACUGACUGACCUUCCAGACUAUUAUCGGGUAUGGUUGGACCUGGCAAAUGAUCUCACACAUCUGAUAGAGUCACAUAAACUACGGGAUCGGGUUCACAAGAUGCCGGUCUUGAGUCCCGAUCUCUUGAUUGACCAUCAGGAGCUAAGGCUGGCUCACCUAGUCCUGGGAUUCAUCAGCAUGGGAUAUGUAUGGCAAGAAGGACAAUAUGCGCCUGCUCAGAUUCUUCCAAAAGCCCUUGCCUUGCCAUAUUGCCUGAUAUCUUGUAAGCUCGGCCUUCCACCCAUCCUGACUUAUGCAGAUUCAGUUUUAGCCAACUGGAAAUUAAAGGAUCCCACAGGGGAUAUGGAAAUUGGGAACAUGGACUUGAUAGUUUCCUUUCCUGGUGGUGAGAGUUGCAGGGGAUUUUUCCUGGUGUCAUUGUUGGUCGAGAUGGCUGCCAGUUCAGGCGUAACGGGGGCUCUGGAGGUGAUGUAUUCUAUGAAAACCUCGGACCUCAGUGGCAUACAGAAAGGUCUCGUCAAAGUAACUCAGUCUUUGAAGAAGAUGACAGAGACGUUCAAACUCAUGCACAAUCAUGUGGAUCCAACUGCCUUUCAUGGAACAUUGCGAAUUUUUGUCUCAGGGUGGCGAGACAACCCCAUGCUUCCAAAUGGGCUGUUGUAUGAAGGUGUGAGCGAUGAGCCAAUUUUGUUAUCAGGCGGAAGUGCAGCCCAGAGUUCAACCAUUCAGUGCUUUGAUGCUUUACUGUGCAUCCAGCAUAAGGAUGAUACAGGAUCCUUCCUGACACGCAUGAGGGAAUACAUGCCUCCUGCCCACCGUCAGCUGAUAGAAACUCUGUCUGUCUGUCCUCUGCGAGACUUCAUCCUGUCCCACUCCAGCUCUGAUCUCUGCCAGGCCUACAACUCCUGUGUCUCAGCACUGGUGGAUUUACGGAACUACCACCUCAAUACUGUGACCAAGUAUAUCAUUGUGCCCGGUAAUCAGGCCCGCGCCAUGGGGUGCCCGAUGAGAGGUGUGGGCAUUGCGCUGAAUGAAACAGGGACAGGCGGAUCCAAUCUUAUGUUAUUCCUCAAGAGUGUUCGUGACACCACUCAAAAAGCACUAAUUUUAUAG